AUGGGUAAAGACGAGAGCUUCGCACCUGGCGACUCCAAGAAGGGCGCCAAGCUCUUCCAGACUCGCUGCGCGCAGUGCCACACUGUUGAGAGCGCCGGCGGCCACAAGGUUGGCCCCAACCUGCACGGUCUCUUCGGCCGUAAGACUGGCCAGGCCGACGGCUACGCCUACACCGACGCCAACAAGCAGGCCGGUGUGACCUGGGACGAGAACACUCUGUUCAAGUACCUCGAGAAUCCCAAGAAGUUCAUUCCCGGCACCAAGAUGGCCUUCGGUGGCCUGAAGAAGGGCAAGGAGCGCAACGACCUGAUCACCUACCUCAAGGAGUCGACUGCAUAG